AUGCCGAUCAAGCCGCAAGGCGGCGCGGCGACGCCAGCAGCAUCUCAAGUAGCACUGAUCUCACCACUAGGCAGCUCCAUCUUCGGUCUGCAUCUCCUCUUCACGUUUCCUCUGGGUCUUUUGAGUCUCUUUUCGCCGCUUUCCCUUCCUUUGCUAGAGCCGAGCAACUCUCUGCUCCUGCUCGUUCGUCUGUACGGCAUCGCUCUCCUCUCGCUGGGUGUUCCCUUGCUUCUAGUCAGACCUCUGCCUGAUCACCUGCCAGGCAAGAGGGCAGUCGUGCUGGGCAUACUGGUCUACCAUGGAGCAAUCACUCCCAUCAUUUCUCAAGCUCCUAGAGUAGUUCCCGUCUCCUUCGGAAAGCUAGCAGAAACACUCUUGAUCACUCCAGAGACCGCUCUGGCCGCCAUACAUGGGCUCUUGGCCAUCGGCUGCCUCGCUUGGUGAGCUAGCUGUCCCUUUGCCCCGAUCCUCAGACCAUGAAGGCAACAUCUGAAUGCACACUCUUACUCACACUCGGCACAAAGGUGGCAAACAACUCUUCCACAAACAGUCGCACAGGGCAGCGCACGCAAGAGAGCCGCACCACGCUCCGAAUGA